GAAGGGCAGUGAAGCACCGAAGUUGGAGGCCAUGGACGGUGUGGAGCAUGUGACGCUGCGGACUUCUACCACACCAGUGUACCGGAAGAACAUGUGCAUGCAGCUCUCCUUCUACAACUUGAGGAUACUUAUUUCAGUGAUCCAGCGUGUGCAACCAGAUCUAGUGCAUGCCACCCAGGAGGCUUCCAUGCAAGUGAUGGCGGCUGCCUGUGCUUUUUGCCAAGUCCCGUUGAUUAUUUCCCUGCAUACAGAUGUCGCUCAGAUUGCUGCAAGGGAUGAGAAUUUUUCAUCGCUGAGGGGGUUCUUGGGACGGCUCCAUACAUGGAUGUCAGUGCGCAUGGUCUACUGGGGUUACAGGAACUGGGCCCUCUCUGGGGCUACUUACUUCCCAGUGUCCAAGCAGUCGCUUGUCAUCCUUCGGAAUGCUGGAGUUUCUGAGCAGCGCGUGGCGCCAGUGAUUUGGGGUCCAAUGGUGGAUCGCGAGAUUUUUCGGAUUGAGCAGCCGGAGGAGCAAGUCAAGGAGACUCGCAAGCGCCUGACCUUCGGUGCAGAGGAUGCAUACCUGAUGGUGUAUGUCGGCCGUGUGACAGCAGAGAAGGACAUUCAAUUCCUCGUGGAUGCCCACAAGCGUGCCCCCAAACACGUUUACUUGGCGCUGAUAGGUCCGGGAUCCAUGGUGCCACAGCUGAAAGAGCUUCAUGGCCCAGAAAACCGUUUGUAUUGUACUGGGGAUAUGGCAAGCCGCGAGGAGGUUGCCUUAAGUUUGCGUGGCGCUGACCUUCAUGUGUCUGCUUCUACCAUGGAGACGGUGGGCUUCACAGCAAUGGAGGCACUUAGCUGUGGCACACCAAUGCUCGCAGCCAAUGCUCAAGGAUACGCCAUGUACUUGUCGCACGCUGUGAAUGCUAGGCUCUUCACUCCUGGAAGUACGGAGUCCUUCGACCAGGAGUUGGCGGAGAUCAUGGCUACAAAGCGCGAAGGAACCUGGUCUCGUGAGUCGAUCCGAGCGACGAUGGAAAUGGCCUCCAUCGACGCUUGCACCGAUCGUGCCUUUCAGUCUUAUUUGACAAGUCCUGCUUCGGACUGGCGAAUCUUCCGACUGCUGGUGACCAUGUUUUACUUUGUUCUGAAUGUCUUCUUCGUCCAGACAUUCUUUCCGUGA